AGCCGUUCUGCCCUGGUCUGGUUCAGUGAUUCACGCAAUCUGGCAUUGAAGUUCGCUUCCGGCUGUGCGAUGCGCCAGCCGAUGGAAGGCAGGCACCAUACAGCGGUGCCCAUGCCUUCUCGCCUCGGCCGGGUGCCGCCUCGGACAGCUGGGAUGCUUGCGGCGCUCGUGGCCGUGGCCUGCUUCCGCACGGUCCACGCCACGGACUUCGGACCCUCUGGCCGACGUGCUCUCCAAGCUCGGGGGGCUCGCCGCGAACCGCGGCGGCUCAGAGGGCGAGGCCCUCUCGGCCGCGGCCGAGAUGCUCGCGACGCUGAAGGCGAGCCGCGCGGCCCGCGAGGAUCGCAAACAGGAGCCGCGAGGAGCGCCGCGCGGAGAGGCAGGGCGGCGCCGCGGGCGACGGUGGUGCCGCGGCCGACGAGCCGAGAGCCAACGCGUCCGAGGCGAGGCCUGAGGCGGACUCCUUCUCCUUCGGCACGGGCGGCGGGCGCGGAGGCGCCUCCUUCGAGAAGGACCCCUUUGAGGACAUCGUCAGGGAUUUCCAGUCUGGUACGGAGGCGCUGAAGGCGGAACGCGAGAGGGCGCGCCAGGAGUUCAAGCAGUCGGACGGGGACCUGAAGGCAGGCAAGAGGAGGAUACUCGAGCUGGAGCGCGAGCUGCGGGAGGAGAAGCAGAAGGUUCAGCGCCUGGAGAUCGAGGUGAAGGCCAAGAAGCUCGCGAAGCAAGAGGCAGAGCAGGCCGUUCUUCGCGCCUACACCAACAUCGCUGGGACAGUGGAGCGUACCGCCAGGCAUGCAAUGGGCGACCUCGGCAGCCAGGGCGCCAGCACGGACGACCGCAGCGAUGGCGCCGCCGGCGCCGCCGGCGCCGGCGCGUUCUUUGCCCGCGUGGAGCCGUCGCCGCUGGCCGAGGCGGUGCUGUGGGAGAAGCGCGGCUUCGAGGGCGCGUCGUACCGCCUGCGCUGCUGCGACUACUACGACCUCUCGAAGAUGGCCUCUCCGCGCAGCAUCCGCGCCAUCACGCUGCCGCCGGGCACGAGGGCGGUUCUGUACCCGUCGAGCGGGCGCUUCGGAAGCGAGGCGGACACCGUUGGCUCCGUAGAGCUGUUCAGCUCCGUCGGGGACAUGGACGGCCUGUUCAGCUACGUCCAGAGCUGCUGCCAGGCCAUCCAGCUGCUCCCUGGCGUCGAGCACAGCGUGCACACCAGCGUGCUUCUCUACCCGGAGGAGGACUUCGGUGGCGAGCCGCUGCCGCUGCUGCCAGGCGACCACGAGCUCAGCGCGCGGAUGAAGGUCGCGAGCGUGCGCGUGCCCGCCGGGGUGCAGGUGACCCUCUAUGGAGGGGCUCGGUUUCAAGACGGGUCCUUCGUCGGCAUGCUUCAGCGGGACGCUCGCGCGUUCCCCCACGACGAGACGUCCACGAGCGACCAGGAGCACGCGCCGCGCCUGCCGAUCGCGAGCGCGAAGGUGCGCCGGGUCCAGGAUUCGAAGCUGCACGGCUUGUUCGUCUAUCCGGAGCCCGCCUUCGGGGGCCGCCCGCAGUUCUUCGAGUCUGGUAAACACUACGUCUAUCCCGAGCAGUGGCCUCAGGUCCGGUCGGCCAGGGCCACCAACCAGACCCUCGCGCGGCUCUUCACGGCCGGCGGGUUGCUCACCGUCUCGGGAGGCGAGGACGCGGUCGACGAGAAGUUCGCAAGGCCGUACGCUCUCGAGGUGUCCGCCAUCUGCGACCCCCCCGAUCUCUGCGGCGAGCACGGCAAGUGCGUGGCGCCGCAGCAGUGCUCGUGCAGCGGCUCCUACCAGGGCAAGCGCUGCAACCUGCAGAACCCAGACGGGUCGUCGGCGAUUCUGUGCGAUCGGAACGUCGUCGUGGUUGGCGAGACCUUGCCGUGCGUUCUGGUGCCUCGUCGGUACAACCUGGGGUGCAACGCCACAUCGCUCUUCAUCAAGGUCCGGCUCGACCCGCGCCAGGAGGCGCCAGGGGAGCUGUCUGGUAGCCCGCUGGUGGCAGAGGGCCACCUGGGCGGCCCCAGCCAGGAGCGGGCGGAGUUCCCAUUUGACGCCGUCUUCAACAAGACCGGCGAGUUCGACCGGCCCUUCGAGUUCGCCGUGUUUGGCAAGGCGCAGGCUGGAGUCUUCGUGCCGCGCAUCUCGGUGCUGGACCGCUGCGACCUCGCUGGGACGACCGCCUCGGUGCAGUGCGACUCGCGCAGGUGCCGCCUGGCCCUGCGCCGCGAGGGCUCGCCCCUCCGCUGCCCGCGCGCGUCCCUGCGGGUGCUGCUGCGGGGCCGCGGCGGGCAGCCCGCGCAGGCGGUGCCUCUGCUGGGCGGCAGGGAGGCCGCUGCGGAGCAGUUCGAGCUUGCGCUGGGGACGCUGUGGCCUGGCGGCGGCGACACGGCGCCGCUGGAGUUCGUCGUGCAGGUCUGCCACGGCCCCGAGUGGGCCUCCCCGACGCUGGAGCUGGAGGCGGCGGCGCAGCCGCCACAGGAGCCUUUGGCCGUGCUGGCGCGCGCCCGGGGGCUGCUGCGCCAGGGGCACGCCGCGCAGGCCCUGGAGCUGCUCAGGACCUGCGGCCCGUCGCGGAGCUGUGCGGCGCUGAGGGGCUCGGUGCUCGUGCGGAUGGGGCGCUUCGACGAGGCCGACGAGGCGUUCGCUGCCCUGGGCGCUGAGCGCGGCGCUGAGACGGGCGCGGCGGCGGCGGCGAUCGCCUCAGCCAGGGAGGCCGCCGACAGGGCGGACUCGGGGGCGGCUCUGGAGCACCUGACUGAGGCACUGCGGGUCGCGCCGCUCGCCGCGGAGCUCCGCCUGUGGCGCUCGGAGGUGGCCGCGGCCGCGGGUGACUUCGGCACCGCGCUGUCCGACGCGCGCGCCGCUCGGGGCCUGCACGGCCCUGGGACGGCCGCGCAGUGGCUCACCGUGAUGGGCCGCGCGCUCUUCGCGUACGGCCACGCCGCCGCCGCCCUGCACAAUUUCGGCGCCUGCGCCCGCCAGGGCGAGGAGCAGCCCGGAGCUUCGCCGGCCUCCGCGGAGGCGCAGCGGUGCAGGGAGCUCGCCGACGCCGCAGAGGCCGUCCGCGCGGACGCCGCGCGGCUCGGGGCGCUGCUCGAGGGCGGCCUGUGGUCGGAGGUCUCCCAGGCGGCGGAGGUGGCGCUCGCUCGUCACGAGGUCGCGUGGCCGCACUUCGGGGCCACCUCCUGGGGCCUCGAGGCGAAGGCCGCGCUCUGCAUCGCGGGGCACGCGCUCAACGGGACCGACGACGGCGCCGCCCUGCGGCCCUGCGAGGCCGUCGCGGCGGCGCCCCGGGCCAUGCGGGAGCGCCUCGACGUGCCCCUGCUCCUGCGGUGCGAGGUUGCGCGCGCGGAGCUGCUGGAGAGGGCGCAGUCCGCGGCGGCGGCCCUGGCCGCGGCGGAGGCGGCCGAGGCCCUGCUCGGCGACGGGCCGCUGGACCACAUGGCCGCCGUCGUGCGCCUGCUGCGCGAGAGGCUGCUGCGCGCGGCGCGAGAGGCCGCAGCGCGGGCGGGCGAAGGCCCUGGGCCAGAGGCCGCCGAGAGCAAGCCGAAGCGGCCGGAGCCGGCUGACCUGUACGCGGUGCUGGAGCUCACGAAGAACGCCACGGCCUCGGAGAUCAAGAGGGCGUACCGGAAGCUGGCGCUGAAGUAUCACCCCGACAAGAACAGCGACCCGGAGGCAGUCGAAAUCUUCUUGGAUGUCCAGAAGGCCUACCGGGUCCUCUCAGACGAGACGUUGCGGCGCCGGUAUGAUGCAGGCCAGCAGGACGUUGACGAUGAGGAUCGCAACAAGAAUAUGCAGCCCAUGAAGUUCCGCGUAGUUGAGCGGGACCGCGAUCGUGGCAUCGCCAAGGUCUGGUGGUACGAUCCCAAUACAGGAGAGGAAGGCUUCAUGGACAUGGAGAUCGAUAAGGAUCGGGGAAACGAGCCGGAGGAGCAGAGGGCGGAGAGGCUCACGCGGCAACUCUACGAGCACUGCUGCCUGGAGGAGCCGUGAGGGCUCACCAUUCAGUUUCGGAUCGGUUACGCGAUGCUCCGCCACGGCACGCGCGGCGCUCGGGUGGAGCAGCGUGUGCCUUCGGCCAAGAGAGGCCUGCGAGGGCCACGGCCACGCGAGGGCCACGGCGACCCGACCAUCUCGCUUUGCCCGACUAGAGCUUUGCCUUUCCACAGGUGCGCCGUCGGGCCUCCGACUGGCGCCGGUGCAGCUCUCCGGGCCGUCGUCCCACCCCGCAAGUCUCCUGGCAGUGCCGCGCUCUUCCCCGGCGCAGGGCUGCUGAUGUCGUGGCCGCAGGCAGGGCCUUCGAUCACACUGAGACUUUGGUCGCGUGCCCAGCCCUCUGUGGAAGUUGGGUCCUCGGUCCUCGGGCUCCGUUUUCGGGGAGGGAGGCCGUCAGCACUUUGGGCAGCGCGUGCUCGCCGGUGUUGACACCGACUCGCUGCACUCCUGAAGUGCGCUGCUUGUGGAGCAAGGCCUUGAGAUGCAACUUAUGUGGUGCAGCCCAUCUGGUGCACGUACCCACCGGUCGUCGAAAGUAGGUAUUUUUGGGUUUCCAGAUCCCGCUGCACUUUCGGCGCCCUCCUACUCUUUUAGAUGCG